GACAAAUCGGCAAUUCCCCGGAAUUGAAAAUUUUCGGCAAAUCGGCAAACCGGCAGUUUGCCGAUUUGCCAAAUUUGUCGACAAAUCAAUUUGCCGAACGGCACUUGUUGCCCAUCUCUGAUUUACAACUCGGCCCAUAGCGUAAUUAAAAAUGUUUUCACUGCAAUCGAAUACUCCUUUUUUAACAUAUAGUUUUUCGUUUUUCAAUCAUUAAAAUAAAGUGUAUUCAUUUGUGAUCGGUUGAAUAUGACUAAUAAUGGGAUGUAUUUUAAAAAAAUACGAUGUACCCACUACACUACGUUUUUUUGUAUCUGUUUUUAUAAAGUAGUGUAUUCAUUUGUGAUCGGUUGAAUAUGAUUAAUAAUGGGAUCUAUUUUAAAAAAAUACGAUGUGUCACUACACUACGUUUUUUUGUAUCUGUUUUUAUAAAGUCUGUUUAUAAAGAAGCAUCUACUACUAACCCGUUUAAAAACCACUCACAACUUUUUCAUUUCACUCCAAUUUUCCACGAAAAUGCUUUGGCUGCAUAUCAUACAAUAUUCUGGGUUUUUUAUGGCUCAAGUGACCAAUGCUCUUUUGGUUUAUCUCAUUUGGACAAAAGCUGAGAAGCUUUUUGGAACGUACCGUCACGUGAUGUGUACAUUUGCACUGUAUUCCUUGGUUUACGCAUGGAUAGAGGUUCUAACUCAACCUGUCAUGCAUAUAAAAGGACCAAUAUUUAUUGUAAUUAUGGAUAGUCCGUUGAAAUAUCAAAAAUGGAUUGGUAAUGAUUUAACAUGCUUGUACUGUGGAUCUUUUGCUCUGGUGAUUUCUCUCCUGGCAGCUCAAUUUUUCUAUCGUUAUGUAGCCAUGUGCAGAUCGAAUUUUCUGCAAAACAUUGAAGGCAUCAAGUUGACAUUUAUUUUCAUACCAUGCCUAGUAUGCUUUGUUUUGUGGUUUGAAUUUGUUUAUUGGGGAAUGUCAAAUACUGUUGAGAAACAGUUGUACAUGAGAGAAGAAAUAGAAGCUUAUUACAAUGAAGAUUCUACGAAAGUCUCGUUUAUUGCACCGAUGUACUGGUCGGUUGGAACAAAUGGUGAGAAGAUUUGGAAGUUUUGGGAAAUUAUGUCUUCUGUGGAAUGUGUUUGUAUAAUUGCUGUUUGUUUUUCAACAAUUUUGUUUUGCGCAUCAAAUAUUUAUUUUACAAUGAAAAGUGCCAGUGGACAUAUGAGCCGAAAAACUUUGGAACUAAAUCGCCAACUGUUUAUCACUCUUACAUUUCAAACAAUUCUACCUUUUGUAAUGAUGUAUAGUCCUGUUGGAUUAUUGAUCGUUUUGCCAUUAUUCGAGGUCUACGUUGGAAGCAUUGCGAAUUUUGUUGGUGCAAGUCUAGCUGUCUAUCCAUCACUUGAACCGUUGAUUGCGAUGUUUUGUAUUAAGGAAUUCAGGAAAACUGUUACAUGUCCCUCACUUCGAAAGGUGACUCCAGCAACUGUCUCUUAUACUACCAGUUCACGUGCAGUUUGAGUUUGUUUCAUCAAACCCAUUAAAAAGAAAUUAAAUUGCUUAUCAGUUAAUUUAUUUUUGAAAAAUUGUAUUGACACUGAAAAAACUAAAAACAUAAUGUUUUAAUGUCUCUCUUAAAAAUAA